AUGUGGGAGAAACUCGGUCGUCGUCUCACGUGCUCGCUCACUGCUCAGACAAUCCGACUUUUCACACCUCAAGCCGCCACUCCCGCCAUCUUGUCGUCACGACUCUUCGCAACCAUGACUCCCACCAAACUCCACGGUCGAGCCUUUUACGAGAGCAUCGGCUCGCCCAAAUAUGUUGUCGCGCCUAUGGUCGACCAGUCCGAGUUCGCCUGGCGACUCCUCACUCGAUCAUUCCUCCCUCCAGACCUCCGCGCGACAGUCCUCGCAUACUCUCCCAUGCUGCAUGCGAAGCUCUUUAUCGACUCCCCGAAAUACCGCUCAUCUCACUUCGAACCGGUCAAGCCGCCGCUCACGAUCAGCGAGGAGGAUGCAUAUCUCGAUGGCAAUCCGAAGAUGGACCGGCCAUUGUUCGUGCAGUUCUGUGCGAAUGAGCCGGACGUUCUGUUGCAAGCGGCGAAGAUCGUGCAACCGUAUUGUGAUGCGGUAGAUCUGAACUUGGGCUGCCCACAGGGUAUUGCGAAGAGAGGACACUACGGAGCAUUCUUGCAGGAAGACUGGGACACGAUUUACAAGCUGAUCAACACACUGCACAAAAAUCUGGACAUUCCUGUGACGGCAAAGAUGCGGAUCCUGGAGACGAAGGAGAAGAGCUUGGAAUAUGCGAAGAUGAUUCUCAGUGCGGGCGCGAGUAUCAUCACGGUUCAUGGGCGACAGCGAGAGCAGAAGGGUCAUAACACAGGGCUGGCAGACUGGACGAUUCUGCGAUACAUUCGAGACAACAUCCCACCAGAUACGGUCAUGUUCGUCAACGGUAACAUUCUGCAGUAUGACGAUCUGCAGAAAUGCCUUGACGCCACCGGAGCGGAUGCUGUGAUGAGCGCGGAAGGCAACCUCUACGAUCCUUCCAUCUUUGCUCCUGGUCCUCCGCCUGGCGAAGAGGGACGAGAGUACUGGCGAGGUCGUGAUGGAAAGGGAGGCUAUCGAGCCGAUGCAGUACUGCGACGAUAUCUCGAUAUCAUUCACGAGCACGUUCUGCGACAAGAUCCGCCGAAAAGGGAGCCUCUCUUCCUGCCAUCCGAUCCGCUGCCCGCCGAGGAGGCAGCAUUACAAACGGGCGAGAAGCGGAGUCUGCCAGACGGAGAAGGUCCACCACCUCCAAAGAAGCAAAAGCGAGCUGAGGCAAAGAAGACCAAUGGCGGCAAGAAGGAGAAGUGCACAGACCCGAAUCUCACGGCGAUGCAACCGCAUUGCUUUCAUAUUCUUCGUUCACUGGUCGGAACACAUCACACCGUGCGUGAUGCGCUUGCAAGAUGUCGGCCGGGCGAUCUGGACGCAUACGAGAAUGUCCUCACCUUGACCGAGCAGGCCGUGAAGGAAGGACUGCUCGCGUAUGAGAAGAAUCCGGCAGACUUCGAAGAAGCAGAUGGCGAGACUGCUGCUGAGACAGAGGCGGCAGAGCUAAAUACAGAGUCUAGCAUGGAGGCCGUCAAGAGAUGCAAGCGUCCAUUCUGGGUAUGUCAGUCUCGAGUGCGACCUCUACCGAAGGAGGCGUAUGAGAAAGGAUCGUUGAGGUUGAGCAAGAAGGACUUGGCGAAAUUAGAGGCCGAAAAGGAGCAGAAGGAGAAAGCGAGCGUGGGUGUUGAGGAGAGGAUUGAGACUGUGGAGACGAACGGCGAUGCCGCGCAGGAUGCUGCCAUUGAAGAAGGUGGCCAGGAACAAGUCGAGAUACCCAAGGAGGGCGUGGUUUGCGGAUGA